AUGUGGGUCAAAUUUAAUUGGUGUUUGUCUUUCCUCAACCAGUAUUUUUGCAAUGGAGAUCCAGGUGAUGGUUUUGAUUAUUCUCCAUACAUAGAGUCUCAGGAUCCUGAACCAGAAAUACCAAAUGGUCCACACCUGGCAAUCAUAGAGCAGCCCAAACAGCGUGGCUUUCGGUUUCGCUAUGUGUGUGAAGGACCAUCUCACGGUGGACUACCUGGGGCAUCCAGCGAGAAAGGGAAGAAAACCUAUCCAACAGUUAAAAUCUUUAAUUAUGUUGGCAUGGCCAAGAUUGAAGUGGAUUUGGUUGCGCACACAGACCCGCCACGUGUUCACGCUCACAGCCUUGUUGGAAAACAUGCCAAUGAGACAGGAAGUUGUGUGGUGACUGUAGGACCUAAAGACAUGACUGCUCAGUUUAAUAACUUAGGGAUUGUCCAUGUCACAAAAAAGAGCCAGAUCGAAAUUCUAAAGGAAAAGAUAAGACAACAAAUAUUGAGAACCCGAUGGACUUAUCCUUUUACAGAACAAGAUGAGAAAGAUAUAGAUACAGAUGUAAAAGACCUGAAGAAAGUUACAGACUUGAGCAUUGUCCGUCUUCGGUUUACAGCAUAUUUGCCAGACAGCACUGGUGCUUAUACCCUCCGUUUGAAGCCAGUCAUUUCUGAUCCCAUCCAUGACAGCAAAUCUCCUGGAGCCUCAAACCUGCGUAUUUCUCGAAUGGACAAGACUGCAGGCUCUGUAAAAGGAGGAGAUGAGGUGUACUUACUCUGUGAUAAAGUGCAGAAAGAUGACAUAGAAGUGCGGUUUUAUGAAGAUGAUGAAAACGGAUGGGAGGCAUUAGGGAGCUUUGCACCAACAGAUGUCCAUAAGCAGUAUGCCAUUGUGUUCCGGACCCCUCCAUACCACAAGCAGAAAAUUGACCGCCCGGUGACCGUGUUCUUGCAGUUAAAACGAAAACGUGGUGGAGAUGUCAGUGACUCCAAGCAGUUUACCUACUACCCCUUGGAUCAAGACAAAGAAGAGGUAGAGAGAAAAAGGAGAAAAGAUAUUCCAUCGUUAAACCACAGCUUUGGUGGAGGAGCACCCAUGGGGGGUGCAGGAGGAGGAGGCGGAGGCUCUGGAGGUUUUGGACAUGCAGGAGAAUUUACAAGGGAACAAUAUGAAUUACUCCUUUGGAAGCAUUCCAUACAUGGUAGUUUCUUUACACACACUGGUUCAGUCUACCAGGGUGCAUACAUGAAAGCUGAAUCUUCUGAGGCUUCACACCAGCCAGUAAACAUUAAGAAGGAGACCGACAAGACCCCAGGCAGUCCCACACCGGAAAAUGUUCCAUCUUUCCAAAGAGAUUGCCAAGAGACCAUACCUCAUAUCUGCAGUAUGAGAAUGCUGUCCCUAGCCCAGCGUACCUCCAAGUCCUUAAUGGACUAUGCAGUAAGUGCAGACCCUCGCAUGCUGCUGGCUGUGCAGAGACCACUAACUGCUACACGGGAUGAAAAUGGAGACACGCCCCUCCAUCUUGCUAUUAUACAUGGACAGACGGCAGUCAUUCAACAGCUGGUAGAUGUUAUAAGGGGGGUUCCAGAUCAGAAAAUCCUCAACAUAUGCAACAACCUUCACCAGACUCCUUUACAUCUUGCUGUGAUCACCAAACAAUGUCAAACAGUUGCUCUCCUAAUAAGAGCUGGAGCAGACCCAACUAUCCUCGAUCGUUUUGGAAACACUAUGCUACAUUUAGCUGUUCAAGCCGGAGAUGAUAAAAUGCUUCAGGUUCUCUUAGAACACCAAUUUAGCGGCUACAAAAAUCUCCUCAAUGUGCCAGAUUAUCAUGGUUUGUACCCAGUUCACUGGGCAGUAAAGGUGGAAAAUGGAAAAUGUUUGGAGCGACUGGUGAAAAGCGGAGCUGAUGUCAAUGCUGCAGAGCGUAAGAGUGGGAGAUCCCCACUUCACAUUGCUGUGGAAAUUAAUAACCUAAAUAUGGCUGUUACUCUAACCAAAAAACUGGGGGCAGAUGUAAAUGCUCAAACAUUUGGAGGAAAUACACCGCUGCAUCUGGCUGCUUGUAUGGGUUCUCCAGUGCUGACAAAGAUGCUGGUUAAUGCAGGUGCAAAUGUCCUAAUAGAAAACGAUGAGCCUGUGCAUAGCACAUUAUGGACCGACAGUGAUGAAACAGACAGCGAUUCUGAUGUGCAUAUGGAUACAGACUCUGACCAGCAAGGAGACAGUGAUUCAGAAGACAACGGCUCCUUGAAUACAAAUCAAAGGAAUGAAAGAAUACACUAUGGAGCUAAACGGCGUUAUCCUGGACACACGCCACAGGACCUAACCAAAAGUCAAAAAGUAAGGCUUCAAUUGUUUUUAAUCAAAUAUUCUCAAAUAUAUAUUUUUAUAAAUUUCUGCUUAGAGUCCAGCUUGAAAGAAAUAAUCCAAUCAACUUGGAUUAAAUGUUUUAAUAACUUUGUCUCUAUGUAUUCUUUGUAA